AUGGGAGCGAAGAGCAUCUCUAGCAGACCUCAUAAACUGGUCAAACCCAUAAAAAACGAGGUGUUUAUAUUUCCGGUCAGAAAAACGAAGCGGAAUAGAUCCCGUAAAACUUGUUCGACCUGUAAAAUUUUUAAGGGGCACGGUAAAUCCAUUCAUGAAAACUUUAUAUGUGCAGUUUUGAAGGCAGUAUACAAUUUACCCCAUAAACUGGUCAAACCUCGUCGGAGCAAACGCGUCAUUGCGGAACUGACCGAAAUCUACGUGAAACUCACCGGAAUCUGUCGCCGCAUGUCGGAACAAACCACUGCACGUCUUAAUUUGUCGUCGCAAGGCCGAAUUGCGGCCAGCUCGACCUCCACUGCCGAGACGAGGCCAUCCACAGGCAGGAUGGAGCAGGCCACCGACGGCCUGAAUCAGGGGGCGGGGCGACACCGGAGAAGAGUAGGACAGGAUGGAGGAGCUCAUGCGGCCAUGAUGGGGACGUAUGCAUGACAACGGGCAGUGUCAAGCUCAAUCGGAAAUGGACAGUGUCAAGCUCCAUCGGAGGCGGACGGCGCAGGGCUCCUCCAGUGCAUGCAUGGCGGGGAACGGACGGCGCCACGAUGA